GAGAGAGGCAGAGAUCAGCAGACGGCUCAGUGAGAGGAUGUGGGGCAGCUACCGGCAGCGUCCUGAGAGUCCGACCUAAACAACAGGAGCAGCCGGAGGAGGUGCAGGUGGAGGAGGAGGGAGGGGGAGCCUUUCUUACCGGCUCGCUGAGGAGGGAGGGAGGGGGGCGGGGGUGGACCCGUGGGUGAGGGGGCAGGCUGCCCGAAGUCUCGAAGUGCCCAAUUUUUUGUCGCUUUUUGGGGGAAACACUGAGAGGGCUUCUCUCUGUGUUGUUCCUGGCUGAACUGACAGCUCUGCGCAGGAGUCUGUGUGUGUGCAUGUGUGUGUGUGAGUGUGUGUGUGUGCAGGUCGGUGCAGGUCAGCACGUGCGCACGUGUGUGUGUGUGUGUGUGUGUGUGUGUGUGUGCGUCGCAUUCCCGUGUUCUUGCCAUCAUGAGUGCAUCGCCACGGCAACUCCUCUGAAGCUUUCAGGUGAAGCUGGCAGCAUCUGGACCCCUGAAACAGGUGUGUGUGUGUGUACAGGUACGAUGGGGUGCGGACUGCACAGGUUGAAGCGUUCUGAGGAGGACAGCCCAGGGAAGAUCUACUCCACCCUCAGGAGACCACAGGUGGAGACCAAGGUGGGCGUGGCCUACACCUACCGCUUCCUGGACUUCCUGCUGGGGAAUGCAGAGCUGCCCGGCUCGUCCACGCCCUGCCUGUCCUCUGUGAGGGAGCUCCCGGGGCAGCUGCAGGACCUCUACCUCCAGGGCUUCCUGCUGGCCGCCCUGCACCCCUUCGUACACCCCUGCGGCCCCCCCAACGCCAGCCUGCAGCGCCAGCUCUACAGAGCCGUGCUGAUCCGCCCCUCCCACAGUGUGGAGGAGUCUGAGUGCCGGUGGCUGGAGAUUGAUGUGUGCCAGCCCCCCGGGUUGUUCCCAGACAACGAACUCGUCCAGGGCUGCGUCAAAAAGGUUCACGAUGCGGCGGAGCAGGGCUCCAUGUUCGUGGGGUUCGUCCAGCAGGUCGCCAUGGUGACGGGCGUUCCAGGGCAGGGCGAUGGGGACGACUAUUCCCUCUCCCUCCAUUCCAGCCCCUCCUCCUUCCUGAGGGACGAGCUCGACCAGAACCAGAACCCCGAGCUCUGGAGCAGACUGGAACCCACACAGGAGGGCUGUGAUCCAAAUGACCCAGGCAAGCUGAACCCGGAUGACCCAGAGAAUCAGCUGAGCCUUAAAACAGAGCAGGCCAGGAGCCCGACCCACGUGGAGGAACCCACAGGACCUGUGGAGAGGACGGAGCUCUUCUCCCUGUUUAACCACCAGGGGGCGCCGUCCCCGGAGCCGACGCGGUUCUACACGCUCAGGGUGCCCCUGCGGCUGGAGUGGCGGGACGCGGCAGUCAGCCAGAUGGAGGCCGGCUGGCUCGAUCACAUGACCCAGCACUUCAGCGGCGGCGCCUCUCUGGUGGACGGCUACUUCCACCUGGGGACCCAGCCGAGCGGCGAGGCGUUGCCGGAGACGGUGGAGGGCGUGUUCGUCUUUCAGGAGGGGGCAGAGUCAGAUUCUUCUGCCUCAGCAUUCGAUGCCAUAGUGGUGGAGCAAUGGACCGUCAUUCAGGGUGUGCAGGUAAAGACAGACUAUGUUCCGCUGCUCCAGUCUUUGGCUCUGUAUGGAUGGAGACUCACCUGUGUCCUGCCAACACCUAUCGCCAACAGAAACAGUGAUGGAAGUUUGUUCACGAAACAGAUCUUGUUUCUUCAACGGCCUGUCCUCCACCGCAAGAGAAGAGAGAUCAAGAGACUGAGUCUCAGCCUCAGGAGCAAAUCUAAUAAGAACUGUGAGAAAGACGCAGCAGAGAAAAAGAACAGAACCGCGAAGAAACCCACGCCCAGCGCCACGCCCUGUGCCACGCCCAGCGCCACGCCCAAGAGCACCUCCAAAGAGCUGGAGGCAGAGAGGCGGGGCCAACCGGUGACAAUCGAGGAGGCGGAGAGGAGAGCGGAGAGAGAGGACAGUGAGCGAGUGGGGAGGAAGAAUGAAAAGAACAGGCAGAACGAGAGGGAGAAGAAGGAGAGAGAGGCGGAGCCAGGGAAGAGGGAAGCAGGGGCGAAGCCACAGGAGAGAGGGGGCGGGGCUGAGGCUCUUGGGCACGCCCCCUUGAAGCCUGACUCUGCUGGAUGCCGGAGCAGAGAGGACCCAGAGGGCGGAGUCACUGUGAACGAGUGGGCGGAGCUUGCAGAGGAGCCUGUAGAGGGCGGAGUCACCGAGCAGCUGGGAGGAGGGGUUACAGAUGGACCAGGGGAGCCAGCCAAUGAGGGCCUUGGGGAGGUGGAGGAGGGCAGGGCCAGACAGGAUUUGGAUUCAGACUGCAUCCUUCUAACCUGACACCGCCAAAGUGGAAGCUCCGCCCACUCCAGUGGAGGACACGCCCCCACAUAUGAACACACCUGAGGGGGCAUGUCUGUAUUAUAUAUUUUAAAAAAGACAAUGAACCACAAGAAGCCAUAAAAAUCUCUACUUUAAUUUGUGAUAGAACUUCACAAGACCCAGAGGGUAUUGUGGAUAAUCACAUUGUCAGUUGUAUGUUGUACUGGUCAUUGAUGUGGGUUAUGAAGUUUCUCCCAAUGUCACACACACAGGAGCAAGAGACUGUUCAAGGAGCAAGACUAGCACCCAAAUUAAAUUAUUUCCGCUCCAAGGAUGUGACGACCAAUCAUUGAGGAGCUGAGUAGCAUUUGUGAGAGCUGUAGAAUCUGUGGUUUUAUGUUUGACACUGCUAUUAUACCCUCACCUCUUGCUGUAUACUUCUGCUGUAUUUAGGACAGUCGAGUGUUUUUGAUCCCACCUGUUCAAUUCAGAAAAACGUACAGAAUGUGUGCUGUUUCCAUUAUAGCUCUGUAGCCGUGUAUUAUAGUGUCCGCCUCAGCAUAUAUAACCAUGUCAAAGGAGAAAGAAAAAAACAAAACAAUUCUUGUAUCACCUUGUGAUGUCACA